GUUUCGCAGAGUUUAUUUUUAAGUUGUUUACAUAAUUUUAAUUCCUUUAUUUUAUAGGAUAUUUACCUAUUGGUUACUGUACUAUUUAAAUAAUAAAUGCGAAAGCCUAUGAGGUUCAAAGGAAGUACUCUGCAAAUUCUGUAAUGUUCAAGUCAAUAGCCCAGCCACUUACGCGCUUAUGGUCUCCUCUGAAAUACUCACUGAGGAAUUAUCCUUUUCCUGUCCCAUACCAAAAAUUUCUAAUGAAUUUACCUCAGAUAGAGUGUUCUGUUCUCGAUAACGGUCUUACGGUAGUGUCAGAGGAGAGAGAAUGCUACAAUGCUUGUGUGGGCUUGUAUAUAAACGGUGGUUCUAGGUACGAGAGCCUCUUCGAAAAUGGAAUAGCCCAUUUCUUCGAGCACAUUGCAUUCAAAGGUACGUGUGCCAGAACUAAAACACUGCUUGAAAAGCAAAUGUCUUCUGUAGGCGCUCGUUUCAAAUGCUUUACAACGCGUGAAAUGGUCGUUUAUUACGCCGAAUGUCUGUGCGAAGACCUGCCACUAGUCGUCGACAUUUUGUCUGAUUGUGUCUUCAACAAUUCCUACUCAGGACCAGAGAUAACUCAACAAAAAAAAGUAGUUUACUUAGAAAUGUUAGAACACGACAAAGAUCACAACGAAACAUUAUUCGACUACCUUCAUAGCACAGCUUUUCAGGGCACUUCCCUAGCUCAGACUGUUAUGGGUCCUAGUUCCAACCUCUAUAAUUUCAACGGAUGCACGAUUAGCCGAUAUUUACAAAGGCUUUUUGAUCCUACCAGAACGGUUUUAGUUGCAGUUGGAGGUGUCAAACACGAACAAAUGAUGUGUUUGGCUAGUUCCUACCUAAGCAAACUCCAGCCAACGAAAUGCGUCGACACCGAACAAUACCGAUUUACAGGUUCUGAGGUGAGAUAUAGAGAUGACUCAAUGCCAAUGGCAAAUGUUGCAUGUGCUGUUGAGGGGCCAAGUUUCUGUGAUCCGGAUAACCUUGCGAUGGCCGUAGCGGCUAACGUGGUCGGUGGCUGGGACCGUUCUCAGCCUGGAGGAGUUGAUCAUUCAGUUCGUGUAGCUCGCGUAGCUUCAAGUGGAGACUUCUGCGAAUCGUAUAAAGCUUUUAAUAUAAAUUACAAAGAUACAGGUCUUUGGGGAGUCCAAUUUAUGGCGUCGUCUCUCCAAUUAGAAGAUAUGCUUUACGCUGUCCAAGAUCAAUGGAUGAGAUUGUGUACGAUGGUAACAGACUCCGAAGUGGAAAGAGCAAAGAGAGAACUAAAAACACAACUGUUAUCAAAUACAGAGAGCUGUACAGGUGCUUGCCACGAAAUAGGUCGCUGGAUGCUAUACAACGGCCACUGGCCACCUCUGUACGAGCAGAUGCUGAAAAUUGACAAGAUAUUUGCAAGUGAUGUUAAGGAUGUAUGCAAUAGGUACAUUUACGAUAAGUGCCCCGCAGUCGCAGCAAUCGGCCAGACCGAAGGACUACCUGAAUACACUAGAAUCAGAGCAGGAAUGUACUGGUUGAGGUUAUAG